GGCGCGCGGCGAUGGCGGCGGCGGCGGCGGGCGGGCGGCGGGCGCGGCGGGCGAGGGGUCCGGGCUGAGCUGCGGGCCGGCCCGGAUGGCGGGCGGCGCGGGCUGGGCGGGCGCCCCCGCGGCUCUGCUGCGCUCCGUACGCCGCCUGCGCGAGGUGUUCGAGGUGUGCGGCCGCGACCCCGACGGCUUCCUGCGCGUGGAGCGUGUCGCGGCGCUCGGACUGCGCUUCGGCCAGGGAGAGGAGGUGGAAAAACUUGUGAAAUAUUUGGAUCCCAACGACCUGGGGAGAAUCAACUUCAAGGACUUUUGCCGGGGGGUGUUCGCCAUGAAAGGGUGCGAGGAGCUGCUGAAGGAUGUGCUGUCGGUGGAGAGCGCGGGGACGCUGCCGUGCGCGCCGGAGAUCCCAGACUGCGUGGAGCAGGGCAGCGAGGUCACAGGCCCCACCUUUGCUGAUGGCGAGCUCAUCCCCAGGGAGCCUGGCUUUUUUCCCGAGGAUGAGGAGGAGGCUAUGACGCUGGCGCCACCUGAGGGCCCCCAGGAGUUGUACACGGACAGCCCCAUGGAGAGCACUCAGAGCCUGGAGGGGUCCGUCGGGAGUCCUGCCGAGAAGGACGGGGGACUUGGGGGCCUGUUUCUGCCAGAGGACAAGUCCCUGGUCCACACUCCAUCCAUGACGACCUCAGACCUUUCUACACACUCCACCACCUCGCUUAUCAGCAAUGAGGAGCAGUUUGAAGACCAUGGGGAGGGUGAUGAUGUGGACUGUGCCCCCAGCAGCCCUUGCCCCGAUGAUGAGACCAGGACCAACGUCUACUCGGACCUGGGGUCUUCGGUGUCUUCCAGUGCAGGGCAGACGCCUAGGAAAAUGCGGCACGUGUACAACAGCGAAUUGCUAGAUGUUUACUGCUCUCAAUGCUGCAAGAAAAUCAACCUGCUCAAUGACUUGGAAGCCCGACUGAAAAACCUGAAGGCCAACAGCCCCAACCGAAAGAUCUCCAGCACGGCCUUUGGACGGCAGCUCAUGCACAGCAGCAACUUCAGCAGCAGCAACGGCAGCACCGAAGACCUGUUCCGGGACAGCAUUGACUCCUGCGACAAUGACAUCACAGAGAAGGUAAGCUUCCUGGAAAAGAAGGUGACAGAGCUGGAGAAUGACAGCCUGACCAAUGGGGACCUGAAGAGCAAGCUGAAGCAAGAGAACACACAGCUGGUGCACAGGGUGCAUGAGCUGGAGGAGAUGGUGAAGGAUCAGGAGACCACGGCCGAGCAGGCGCUGGAGGAGGAGGCGCGGCGCCACCGCGAGGCCUACAGCAAGCUGGAGAGGGAGAAGGCUACUGAGGUGGAGCUGCUCAAUGCCAGGGUGCAGCAGUUGGAGGAAGAAAAUACAGAGCUUAGAACAACAGUCACUCGGCUCAAGUCUCAAGCAGAGAAACUGGAUGAGGAGCGGCAGCGCAUGUCUGACCGUCUGGAGGACACCAGCCUGCGGCUCAAAGAUGAGAUGGACCUGUACAAGCGCAUGAUGGACAAGCUGCGGCAGAACCGCCUCGAGUUCCAGAAGGAGCGGGAGGCGACGCAGGAGCUCAUCGAGGACUUGCGGAAGGAGCUGGAGCACCUGCAGAUGUACAAGCUGGACUGCGAGCGGCCAGGCAGGGGCCGCAGUGCCUCCUCUGGCCUAGGCGAGUUCAAUGCCAGGGCCCGCGAGGUGGAGCUGGAGCACGAGGUCAAGCGGCUCAAGCAGGAGAAUUAUAAGCUGCGGGAUCAGAACGAUGACUUGAAUGGGCAGAUUUUGAGCCUCAGCCUCUACGAAGCAAAAAACCUCUUUGCUGCCCAGACUAAAGCCCAGUCUCUGGCUGCGGAGAUAGACACUGCCUCGCGCGAUGAGCUAAUGGAAGCCCUGAAGGAGCAGGAGGAGAUCAACUUCCGGCUGAGGCAGUACAUGGACAAGAUUAUCCUCGCCAUCCUGGACCACAAUCCCUCCAUCCUCGAGAUCAAACACUAAGGCACGGGGCUGGCUGCAGAGCAGCCUUAGGACCCUGGGACCAAGGGGCAGACCCUGCCCAAGGAUGCAGGCCUAAGCCGGGCCUCACACUCACACUGUAAAUGUCUCUCUGGCCACCAUGUGUUACGUGUACCCGUGUAUAUGUGGGGAGGCUGUGCACAUGAGCGAGGGGCGAGUGGCCGUGGCUGUGGGCAGCAUCCACACGGUUAGCUGUGCAUGCACUUUGUGGCCCCUUUGCAAGGGGCAGAGGUUACUGGAAGUGGGAGGGGGCAAGGUCUGCUAUCAGGAAUUACUGUAAAAACAAGAACUGGAAGCUCGUGUUUCCGGUACUGGGUAAAAUGAUUCUACCUCUGGGGAUAAGGAUUCACAUUCGCUCUAGUACGAUGGGCUCUUUCACCCCACUCCUAGUCCCCCUGGGAGUGGGAGCAAAAUUGUGAUUUUUUCCUAGGAGUUUGAAUGCCCCAUAUUUGUGUCCUUGCCAGCUCUUUGGCCACCUUUCAAGCCCCAGUGUUCAAGCUCAGAGAGGAUGAAGUGGCAUCUGGAGGGUCCACAAGACGGGCCCCUCACCAAACGCCUUGGGCACCAGCCGGCAGCCCUCUGUGAUGUGUGUGCAGAGUGAACAGAGGACUCAGGUUUCACAGGAGCUAGUGUGGGGCAUCCUCAUCCUGUACCUGUAGAGUUCAUGCACUCCCCCAUCCGUGCUACCUACCUCCCCGUUUCUGUUUCGGUUUUAAGACAAUGAAGCAGCAUUCACUGCUUCAUUGUAACAUGAAGGGAUAAAAAUGAAGGAGAAGGAGGGUUUGGGAUGGGGUGUCUAAGGCAGGAGUUGACAUCGGGCAACCAAAGAAAUGAGUUUUGGGGAGGAACACAACUCCCAUCCCAGUCAGUUUCCUUCCCACGGCUGCAUCUUAAGAUGGAUGCACGGAGAGACCGUCUGUCUGCCUGGCUCCCUGUCUUCAUUCUCCAUGCAGCCUGGUGAUGGCAGGCCUCGGUUUGGAUUUCAGAAUCCGAGCUCCGGGCUCCACUCGUGUGGCAGCAAGACCGCUUCGUUCCAGCGUUUAGAAACACACCUGUCUUUCGUUCUCAGCCAGGGGAGCACUCACUGCACUGGUGGGAGGCGGUUGGGAAAGUUGCAGGAAAACAUUAGUCUUCCAUCCUUCCGACCCAUGGUGGAAAUUCACACCAUGGAUUUUUAAUGGAUCUUUUGUUCUAGGCAGCUGAGAAUAGACAUGGUACUUACCUUAGAGUUUUCCAAUUUAUCUCAAUUUUAUAUGGCUUGUGAUUCAUUUUCUUAAUCCAAAUAUAUAUAAACGUGUGUGGUCUUAUUUUUCCCCCUGCAGUUUCUUGUUUUCUUCAGCACAUCUUAUAGUAUGAGAAGGAAGGUUUGGGCAUGUUGGGAAGGGCGGUGGAGGGGGAGAUACAGAAAGAGAGGGCAGUGAGGGUGAGGAGAGGGGAUCUGGGGACUUGGGUGUGACACCUGCUUGACAAAGGCAGGGCUGUGGCCAGGACCAACCUUCAAUUCCAUUCCAAUCAGCCUUUGCAUUUGUUGGAUCUCAUGGCUUCUUUUUAAUCUUUUGUUGGGGAUUAGUUUCAUGCUGCACAUAAUGGGGUUGCAUUGGUCUGACCCAGGACUUUGGAGCCACCCACACCGGGAAGACUAGGCUAGGCAGUCGGUCUUCUAGGAGUUUCUCAACCCCUUAGGACGCGGGUCUCCUUGGGCUCCCCCCAAGGGUCUGCGAAGAGGCAGUGGAAGAAGGCAUGAGGAGAGGGUCUCUUGAGAAUUUGCCAAUAGGAAGGAAUGGCCGCGGCUGAAAGGAACAAGACAGAUCCUGACAUAGCUUUGGCCUGGGUGUUAGGUCGGAAGGAGUACUGGUGCGUGGGGGCCUUACCCCAGGGAUGAGUAUUUUAUAUGUAAAAUGUUAUCUGCCCUUUGGCUGCGUUGGAAUUUCAGAGAAGGCUGCAGAGGCCUGGGUUACACAGCCUGAGUCACAACGUGGGAAGGAAUCUCUGCCAUGGGAAAGGUAGGCGGAAGCAGCUGGCAGCCUGGGGCAUGCUUCAGGCUCCUCCCUCUAAGGGGCGCCGUGGGAACAGGCUCCGGAGGCAGUAGUGGGUCUGCAAGGUAGUGGACAGGAUGCCCAGUUAAGUUUAAAUUUCAGAUAGACAAAUGAUUUUAGAAUAAAUAUAUUCUAUCCAAUACUUGGGACAGAUGUUAUUUUUAGAGCUAGGAUCUUGCUUUGUUGCCUAGGCUGGAGUGUAGUGGUAUGGUCAUAGCUCAGCAUAACCUGGAACUCCCAGGCUCAAGCGAUCCUCCCACCUUAACUGCCCCAGUAGCUGGGACUACAGGCAUGCACCACCACGCCCAGCUAAUUUUUCUUAUUUUUUGCAGAGACAGGGUCUCACUGUGUUGCCUCACUCGAGCUGCUGACCUCGAGUGAUCCUCCCGCCUCAGCCUGCCAAAGCACUGGGAUUACAGGCAUGAGCCACGAUGCCUGGCCAGGACAUAUUUGAAAUGGGGAGAUUUUAAAAAUUCUGAUGAUUAGACCGAAUCCUCAGACUUUCUGGUUUGUUGUGGGUGUAGCCCAGGCAUGGGAUUUCCUAAAGAGCUGCUCGGGUAAUUCCAGUUUAAUUGCGUGUCCUACUUGGGUUUUUUGUUUGUUUGUUUGUUUUUAUUGUUUUUGCUAAACCUGGCAACCUUACCGAGUAGGGAUUAGCAGUAACUUAUCUGAAAUUUAGAGGUGUUUGGGGGUGGGGCGGGGGUUUCUGUAAUAGACUCACAUUUUACACGGCCCUGAGCUGCCCUUGCGUUCAGUUGGAAGCCACGCAAAAUGAACUGCACCAGGAGUGAGCUUUGUGUACAUUAUCUAUUAGAAAAUGAAGUACCUUCUGGUUCAGCUAGUCCCUGUGCAGUGAGAGGCUUUAAGAAAGUUCUAGUAAAAAUGUUUUUUUCUUUUAACUUUGAAUUGGCCAGAGUUAAUCCUAGGUUAUUUUAUUUUAAAUUGGUAGAAUUCUUUGAGAACUGUCACAGAGAAAUUCCUUUUCAUGACUUUAUUUCUGACCUAUUAAAACAUGAACAGGCCAGGCACGGUGGCUCACGCCUGUAAUCCUAGCACUUGGGAGGCAGUGGCAGGCGGAUCACUUGAGCUCAGGAGUCCUAAACCAGCCUGGGCAACAUAGUGAUACCUUGUCGCUACCAAAAGUUAAAAAUAAAAAAAAAAAAGCUCAAGAACCUGCAUGAGGGCCUAAAACAGUGGGCUCAGCUUUGGCUGUGCAUUGGAAUCACCUGGGGAGAUUUGUAAGCUUCUGCUGUCUGGGCUGAACCCCCAGAGGUUCGGAUUGAAUUGGUGUGGGGUGUGUGUGGUCCAGGCAUCUAGAUGUGUGAAGACCUCCCCAGGUGAUGAUAUGCAGUCCGAGGUUGAGACUCCCCUGUCCUGGCAAGGUCGUUGGCCAGAGGUAGAGGAAACUGGUCAGAGUGGCUGUUGGGCUUGUCAAGCCCGUGGCUGAAUGACAGUGAGCUCUCUUGCUGGGAGGGUUCCUUUUCCUGUUAUGUUGUUGAAUGGUCCUGGCCUGCAGGAUGGGAGGCCAGAUGCCUUCAGGAGCUGGUGGAUCCAGCUGUUCUCACCAGCCUGAAGGUUAGCAGACCAGAGUGAGUGGGCAGGACCUCGGCCUGGUGCCCCUGGAGUCAGUGGGUGGCAUGUGUUGGGAUAUACUGGCUACAGGCUCAUUUCAAAGAGCAGGUAGAACAGAGUCAGCAGGGAACUGACAGGUGGGGCUGUCCCCCUGAAAGCAGCCUCAGAAACAGCUGCCACCUAUUUGCAUAGCUGAGCAGGAGGAGAUACUGUCUUUAUGGAUUUUGCUUCUGGUCUGUUUCCUGACUAGGUUGAUAAAGGGAGUCCCAGCUCGUUCCUCGUUAGCCAAACCAGCAUCCCACUCAUACACCGGACACUCCAGGUGCUAGUCCACUGGUGCUGGUGUUCAGGGGAGUUGGGUGGGGGGUGGACAGAAGUGCGGGUUCUUGGUUCCAAUGAGGGACUUAGCCAGCAGAAGCCUCCAGGGGCCAGCAGGGCCAGGUGAAACUGGGAGAAAUGAAGCCCUCUAUGUCCUGUGUGUGUGGUGGGGUUUAAUGCAUUAGCAAAUUUAAACUUAAAAACGAACUCUAGGCCGGGCACGGUAGCUCACACCUGUAAUCCCAGCACUUUGGGAGGCCAAGGCGGGUGGAUUGCCUGAGCUCAGGAGUUCGAGACCAGCCUGGACAACAUGGUGAAACUCUUGUCUUUAUUUUUUAAAAAAACAAAAACUAACUUUAGAUGUGAUCAUACCAGCAAAGUUUUGCGUGGUCAUCGUGCCAAGACAAUGACUUUGGUUGCCCGGCAGAUCCACAGUGACUGUUUUUCAAGGGCUCCUGUGGAUUCUAGAUUGAGGAAAGGAGCCCCCUCGGGCUCAGUGCUGGUAUCCUCCACAGUCCUUCCUCCCAGACUCUGGCCCUCCCUUGGGGACCCAGGAGAUCCCCUCUAGGGUGAUGCUGCUGGCUAGGAAGACAGGCCUGCUGUGCCAAGGGGCCUCAGGUUAGAAGGGCCAUGCCUUCAGUGGAUGACUUUGAGCGCUGAUCCUAGGGACCUGCCAGGUCAUUUCCUGCCCUGGGUGCACACAUGAAUGGGGCAGCCAGCAGGAAGCAGGAGAGGCUGGAACCAGGAGCCUGCCCUACCUGCAUGGCAGGACAACUCUGAGGCCCUUCUGCCAUAUUCUCUGCUGCCCACCAGAGAAAAUAGGCUGCCUUCUAGAAAGAUUUGUUUCUAAAAGUGUAGACCCUGGGGAAGUAUAAUGCCACCAUGCUCACCAGGCGAGGUUGCCCAUAUGACCUCCCUGCCCCGACCUCGUAGGUUGCUCCUCUCCCCAUCUGUAAGGUAGAGAUGUCUGCCUCAGAGCCCCCAGCUGGGGAUGGCAUCCAGGCCAUGUCUCCUGCAGGAUCCAAGUGCUGUUGUCCCCAGGGUGACCCUGCCUCCUGCUGGGGCCCAUCUGCUUUGCUGUGCUGUACAGGCUGUUUUCAUCUGCAUGGUUUGGGGUCUUUGUCCUUGUGCCUUUUCUUCCCCAUCGCCACUGUACAGGAUUUUCCACAUUGCCCACUGCCUCCUCUUCUACAUCGUCUCAUCUCCCUGGCCUUUCCCGAGCCCUGUAAGUGUGUACUUUUUCCACGUGCCUCCCCGAGGCGAGGCCAGCUCUCCCAGGCAUAUUCAUCCACAAGGAUCAGGCCCCGCUUACCCUUGGCUCACUCAGCCUGUAGACUUGGUAACUUUGUACAGAAUCUUUCAUUAUUGUCUUAAGCAUGGGGGGCUAGGACCCACUUAGUCCCUCCUCCAGCCUGCAGCUAGUUUAGGAGCCUUGCAUUCCAGAAAAGGGCAACUCUUGUAAAGCAGCUUCUCCCACAGAGCUUUCCCUGCAUUGUUAGCGAUGUCAGGCAGAGCAUCACUCUUUAACCUGGGGCACUGGCCCCAGCAGGGAUGUCAUGGGACUGCAGCCGCUCCUUGCACCGUCUCUCCCCCAGAGGAAGCCCUGUCUGUGGUUCCUGGUGCACGGCCACAGGCCUGCCUUGAGGCCACCACAUCUGGUGUCUAGAACAGCUGCGGGCCCCACUUGGGCAGAAGGAAGAGGCGCUAGCUGCUGCCCCUGCCUGCUGUGAACACCUGCCCAGCCCUUCCUUGUCUGCUGAGGUGCUCAGACCAGAGUGCCAUUAAAUACCGACUGAUGUCACGGAGCAGACGGUGCAUUGCCAAGGACUCACUCACAGCUGUGGGCUCCCAGCUCUUCCCACUUUCUUGGCUGGGUCUUCUGAGGCCUAUGUGGAAUGAACUACACAUGUGGCCUCAUGCCCAAGGGUUUGUUUGAUGGCUUCUGACUCUGGGAUUCAACUUGACUUUUUUGCCCCAGGAGGCUCUGUCUGGAAACAGGCUUAGCUUUAGUGCUGGGGUGGGACCUGCCCCGUGGGCCCCAGGGAGGGGACAGUGGGGGUGAGGCCCUGAGGCUGUCCAGGGUCCGAGCUCUUUGCCUCCAACCUGCUUCUGCCCCAAAAGGAACAGGCUGUUGGUGGCAGGCUGCUCCCGGGGAGCUGUACUGUACAGACCAAGGUGUAAAUAAACAGUUUGCUCUUCUC